CAUGUGAUCCACUCACGUGGUUCGCGUGGAUAUAAAGAGGAGGAGGAGGAGGAAGGCUUUUGCAAUCAUCAUCAGCCGUUUCAUCGGGCAGCAGGGGAGCAGGAGGAUCAAUCAAGUUCACUCUGGCACCUGACCUACAAACUACAGGCAAAAUGUGGCGUGCAGCCUUCCUUGUAUUGGCUGCCAGCUUGUCAGUCAGCCUGGCCAGGCCCCGCCUCCCGCCGCUGUCCAGUGAGAUGGUCAACUACAUCAACAAGGUCAACACUACCUGGAAGGCCGGCCACAACUUCCAUAACGUUGACUACAGUUACGUCAAGAAACUCUGCGGCACGCUGCUCAAAGGGCCCAAGCUGCCUGUCAUGGUUCAGUACGCUGGAGAUGUAAAGCUGCCUAAGAACUUCGACUCCAGAGAGCAGUGGCCCAACUGUCCCACUAUUAAGGAAAUCAGAGACCAGGGAUCCUGUGGGUCCUGCUGGGCGUUUGGUGCUGCAGAGGCCAUCUCAGACCGUGUGUGUGUCCACACCAAUGGGAAGGUCAGUGUGGAGAUUUCCUCACAGGACCUGCUGACCUGCUGCGAAAGCUGUGGCAUGGGAUGUAAUGGUGGCUACCCCUCAGCUGCCUGGGAGUUCUGGACUUCUGAGGGGCUCGUGUCUGGAGGUCUCUACGACUCCCACGUUGGCUGCCGGCCCUACACCAUCCCCCCCUGUGAGCACCAUGUGAACGGCAGCAGGCCCCCCUGCACCGGGGAGGGGGGAGACACACCUGAGUGCGUCCAUCAGUGUGAGGAUGGAUACACACCUGCCUACAAGCAGGACAAGCAUUUUGGUAAGAGGUCUUACACCUUACCAUCUGACGUGGAGCAGAUUCAGCAGGAGAUCUACAAGAACGGUCCAGUAGAGGGCGCCUUCACGGUCUACGAAGACUUUGUUCUGUAUAAAUCUGGAGUGUAUCAGCAUGUGUCUGGGUCUGCGGUCGGAGGCCAUGCCAUCAAGAUCCUGGGCUGGGGUGAGGAGAAUGGUGUGCCCUACUGGCUGUGUGCCAACUCCUGGAACACCGACUGGGGCGAUAACGGGUUCUUCAAGUUCCUGCGUGGAGAGGACCACUGUGGCAUCGAGUCUGAAAUUGUAGCAGGGAUUCCCAAGUAAAAGGUUUUGAGCUGCAGUGUCCACUACAGGAUCACUAGAGGGCGAUACACUCCCACAACAAUGCAGUCUUCACAGAUGAAGAGUCACUGUUUUCUAAACACGACACAAGCAUUUGUAUUUCUUUUUUGUUCAGUUUAAGGCAGUUUAUUGAUGAAUGAUCUUGGGUACAUUACAUUUGUUUUAGCUGUUAAUCAUGUCAGUCAAGGAAAGGCGCAUUAGGGAUUUUUUUUUUUUCUUGGACAAUCUUACACUCGGCUUGAAUCACCUGAGAAUAUCCCUGCUGUUAAUCCACACAGUGCCCUCUUUGCUCUGAACUUUUCUCCGGCACUGACACAAACUCGGUGCAGCUUUUCACUGACAAAACGCCGCCUGAGAGGUUGUUUUCUUCAAAAUAGUCCAAUGUUUAAUGAUCACAACAUCCAUAUUGAUUGCCUUUUAACAGCAUUUCCCAUAACAGACUCUACCCCCACCAUAAUUUUAGCAAAAUAGUUAUUUGGUGCCUGCUUGUGUUUUAAAACUUGUAUCGACAGAGAUGGAGUGACUGGGUUUUUGUAUGUCUGUUUGUUUUGUUUCAUUUUUAUGGUUGGGAAUGAGAUGGGAGUUUUUUUAUUGUCUGUCUAAUGAUCAGAGUAUUGCCUCAUGAUUGUACUAUGUGCUGAAAUAAAUAAAAUUUUUUCUUAUA